AUGUCAUAUCAAUAAUUUCGAUAACGUCAUAUAAAAUUAUCAAUCCCAAGUUGCGACAAACAGCUGCUAUCUCUAGAAAAUGUAUUGAAAAAUGCUGUCGUAAAGUAAUUUAAUCAAAUAUAAUAGUCAAAUUUGAAAUAAAAAGUGAAUAUUACCAAUUGUGAAGUUAAUGCAAAGUUCAAUUGAAGUGAGAAUUCAAAUUUGUUUGAAGGAAUUCAAUGAAUUCAUGUUAAAAGAAUAGAAUUAACGCAAAAACUUGAUGCAUAUAAAAAAUAACGAAGGAUAGAAUAAAGGUGUGAUGUCAGAGUUGCAAUGCUAGUUAAUGAAUAAUUUGUAACAAAUUUUUGAAGAGAGGUGUAUAUACCUAAUGAAUGAAUUUCCGUAAAUUUUUAUUGACAUAGUGCUCUUAUUGGUAACAUUUGCACGUUGUAUGAAGAAGAUUUUAUUCAAUUUCUCUUGCUAUUCAAAAAUAUAGUUUUUACAUUAAUACUACAAUUAGACUAUUUGGCAUUCGAAAUAAAUUAGACCAUUCAAGCAACUCUACAGAAGUAUUAAGGUAUAUAAGUCGUUAUGUGUGUUAAGACAAAAUCGAUUUACAACUGUCAGAAUUUUUCUGUUUAUCGAUUUUGUGAUAAGAGAAUUUUGGAAAAGUUUUCUUCUUGAAUGAACAGAAGUAUCAUCGUAUCUUCAUAGUACAGAUUAAUUUGCCGUCGAAGUUGUGUUGGAUUGAGAAAGAGUACACUGGAUUUAAAUAAUGAAUUUAGACUUUGCGAAAUUGUGCGGCAAACACGCUGCCAUUUAUGAGGCAUAUUACAAACAGAUUGACCCAAAGGGUUCUGGUGCUAUAGAAGCCAUGACGGCAGCGAAAUUUUUAAAAAAAUCUGGUCUUAGUGAUGUUGUGCUUAGCCGAGUUUGGGAUUUAUCAGAUCCUAACGGAAAGGGGUUUUUGGAUAAACCUGGUUUCUUUGUUGCGUUAAAACUCGUAUCACUGGCUCAGGCAGGUCAAGUGAUAAAUAUGAGUAAUAUAUAUACAGAAACAGCGAAUCCACCAAAAGUUGGUGAUAUCCCAAAAAUUUUACCACCUCGCAUACAAACAGUUCCAGUAGCUAGCGGAGGGAUUAUAAGUGGCGAUUGGUCUAUUAGUGUCAUAGAUCGUUUGAAAUAUGAGCAACUUUUCGAGACAUUAAAACCCAUUAACGGAAUGUUGCCGGGCAACAAAGUCAAAGGUGUGCUCAUGGACUCGAAACUGCCUAUGGAUACUUUGGGAAAAAUUUGGGAUUUAGCUGAUCAGGACAAAGAUGGCAACCUGGAUAAGCAUGAAUUUAUCGUGGCAAUGCAUCUAGUUUAUCAAACAUUGGAAAAACGCACCGUGCCAGAUGUGCUACCACCAGAGUUGCGCAAGCCUAAUUCCGGUGGUGGGCCACCCCCAAAGCCCGCUCCGCCAAUUGUGUCAAGCAAUUCGGCAACGAUGCCGCGUGCCCCAAGUGGUGAAGGAUUUGGGGAUGGCGGUUUUGUGGCCAACUUUCCCAAAGAUAUAGCACCUCCACCAGCUAUACCACCGCUGCCUGUCGCGAUACCAACAAUGACACGUGUUCCACCUGUCGGUGCAAGUGGUGUGCAGUCCCAACCGCUUAUAUCAACCGAUCCGCUAAUACCCAUCGGUGCGCCACCUUCCGUAACAGCUAGUGCUGAUUGGGUUGUUAGUCCAGCCGAGCUGAAACGUUUUGAAAUAACAUUCAGAGAUUCAGACCGAGACAAGGAUGGACUUGUAUCGGGGCUUGAAGUGAAGAAUGUGUUCAUACAAUCAGGCGUACCGCAAAACUGUUUAGCGCACAUUUGGGCUCUUUGUGACACAAAUCAGUCAGGAAAAUUAACUCUUGAGCAAUUCGCUUUGGCUAUGUGGAUGGUGGAACGUAAACAAAAGGGCAUUGAGCCACCUCAAGUACUGACAGCCAAUAUGGUACCACCAUCUAUGCGUAGCAUCGUAUCUGGCGUUGAUUUGCAACCACAAGAACCUAAACCGACAUAUUCCAAUCCUGAGCUAGAGAUGAUAUCCAAGGAAAUUGAAGAGCUUGCCAAGGAGCGUCGUGCUUUGGAAACAGAAAUUGCACAGAAAGAAGCAGAUAUACGCAUAAAAUCGGGAGAAGUUCGUAGCCUACAGAGCGAAUUAGACACAUUGUCAGCUACACUAAAACAGUUGGAAAAUCAACGUGGCGAGGCACAGAAACGUUUGGAUGACUUGAAAGCACAGGUGACCAAAAUACGUGAUCAAUGUCAAAAACAAGAGGAAACCAUAAACGAGCAAGAGGGUGAACUUAAUGCAAAACGCUCUGAGUUGCAAAAAUUAAAAGACGAGGAAGCUGCGUUGCAAAAGGAGUAUGAUCAAAAUAAUCGAGAGCUGCAAAAGCUAACACAACAUUUACAAAAUACCCAAUUACAAAUAAGUUCGGUACGCUCGAUGGUAACACAAUUAAUGGAAACUCAACGUCAAAUGACUGAUGCAUUGUUGAUGUGUCGUGCGGCCAUCUCAAAUCAAGACGCAGAGUUGGUAUCCGAGUAUCAAUUAAAAAUCGAACCAGACUUCAAUGAAGCGCGUCAAAUACUUGAAAAGAAAAUUGAGGAACCGAAAGCGGACGAUCCAUUUGGGGAAAACAGUACUAUGGAAUCAGCAACGAAAACUACAAACGGAUUCGCCAGUAACGGCUUUGGCAAUGACCCUUUCACAGCUAAUAGCGGCAUUACAACUAUUGGACGCAGUGGAUUUGAUGAUAGCUUUACGGCUACAAGUGGAUUUGGUGAAAGCGGAUUCGAUGGUUUUGGUAGCAAUAGCGGCUUCAGUCAACCAUCAAAGGAUCCCUUCGGCGGAGAUGCUUUCGCAAAUAAACCUAGUAAUGCAAUAACGCCUGAGCUACCGGGUAAAGAUGACUUCGGAAGUGAUCCAUUUGCCGCGUUACAUGCACCUACCGGACAGGGUCAAGUGUUGAGCCCAAAUGCCCAAAAAUCUGGACCACCACCGAGGCCUGAGUCGCCAAGUCCAGCAUUGCCACCAAAGAAAUCGAAGGUGCCACCGCCGCGUCCAGCACCACCACGCCCAAUGCAGGGUCCAGCUCGGCCUGUUCAACCAGCUACAGACGCAUUUGGUUCUAAUACAUCCGGCGGAGGUGGUGGUUUUGCUGACUUUGCAGAUUUCGACAAUAAGUGAACAUCAUAUUAUCAAUCACGUUUAUAUAAAUAUUAAGUAAAAGUUACUUAACUAUAAGUGUUUUUUCUUAUCAAAACAAAGAAGACAAAAGAUAAACCAUGACAUACGAAUACAUACCCAUUAAUCCAUAUAUCUACUUAGAAAAUGAAAAUGAAGGAAAUGAAUGAGACAUAUAAGAUAAAGAGUCGUUAAUAUACUUAGUUAAUUUAAAUACUAAUUAUGAAAAUGCAUAAAAUCGAAAAAUCGUAAAAUUCCAAAACAAUUAUAGGUAAAUUGUAUUAUGAAAUGAAUAAUGAAAAUAUAAUUCAAUAUUAUCAUAUUCCCACUAAUACUUAACAUAUUACACUCGUUCACGUACCUAACCAAAUAUAAUACUGCUAUUCAUUGUGAAAAAGAAAGCUUCGUUUGAGUGUUGCAAGGACCUAUACAUAUUUUUUAGCAAUCUUAUGCCGACUAGUUACUAAAAAAUUGAGUAUGCAUAUUCGUUUAUAAAUAUGAUAAAAACGUUUUUUCUAACCAUGUACUGAAGACAAGUAAGGAUGUCAAGAUACGCACGAAAAUUAAACAUUCCAGGCUCAAUGCCAUGAAGAGCUAUGAAAAAUUUUGAAUUUAUUUAAAAGUAUACAUUUAUUUGCUAGAACUAAAUUAUAUUAAAUAAUAGCAUAUUCAGACUAACGAAUAACGUAUUUCCGUUAUUUAAGUUUUGUGUUUUAUUUUGGAGAAAUGCUUCAGUACAUGGUUAUACAAAUAUUUAUCACGUUCAUUGUUCAUAUUGUUCAUUAAUUAAUUGAAAAUUAACAGUUAAAUAAUUAGUAUGAUUUUAACUACUUAACUUUAACCGUUAAAUACUAGUAUUGUGAAAAUUAUUAUACUACAAUAUAAGAUCGCAACAAUAACUAUAAACAUUUUGAGUCCUCAUUAAUACUAUAUCAUCAAAAAUAUGCACAUAAACUGUUACACAUAAUAAAAAUGAUUAUACCGUUAUCAAAAUGAUUUUAUGAUGGUACAAAACAUAUAAACUGAAAUUAUAACUGUUUCCAUUACUAAUGAUAUGUAUUCAAAUAAGUUCCAUUUGUAUUAACAUCCUAUUUUGCCAGGCGAGUUUUGUUUAUAACUAUAUUUUUAUGCCUGGUAAUUCUACGAGAGAUAAAAGCUAGUAUGAUGUUUAUUUUGACAUAUUCAAUGGGUCACAGUUGGGUCUUUUAAUAUCAGUUUAUUUCAAGUAAAUUAUUUCGGAAUUGAAUUUUUAUCCAGCCAAGGUUUGUUAACCCAACAACAUUUCUCAAAAUUAUUUGAGGAAUGGUUUUUGUUGCUACCACAUUAAAAACAAAUCACUCAUUUAUGGAUUUUGAUAUAGCAUUUCGAAGUCAAACACAAAUUUCUAACCAACCAAGCCCCUUUUUUUUAUAGUUUUCUUCCGUACUUGCUUUAAGAGGCUUCCACUUUAGAAUUUUGGAAGUUAAUUUCAUUAGGUGCUGUCUUUCUAAUUAACUAUAUAAUAAAUAGUGAGUUUCACAAAUCUAAAGUUACCCUUAAGGCAGGCUGUCAAUAGUUAAACGAUACUAUUGCACUCUGUCAACCUUGCGGAGAUCAAUUAAUUAUUAUGUUUUCAUAGCUAUACUCCAUUUAUUUUGUUGAAGAAAUUAUUGAAGAAUUAUUUUGUCAAGAAACUUUUCUUUGAAUUCUUCUUCGAGUGGUAUAUACUUAUAUAGAUAAAGUAUAAUUACGCAUGUGUAUGAACGAUUCUCGAAAACUUAAUUUUCUGCAGAAAUAUUGCAGAUGUUCAACUUCACCAAAAUGUUUUUGUAUAUACUCGUGCUUUCAAUAAAACUGUACAAACUAACACUCAUGCGUACACAAACACUGAAGACAUUCAAUAAUCAUUUCGUAUAUUCGUAAAUGUUAAAUAUUCAAAUAAGUCUAUAUGUAUGUAUAUCCUUAAAUCACAUUGGCCACACAUGGAGGAGCACACAGUAAUUUUCAUUGCAUCUGCACUAUACCUUGAGUGUGUAAGCAAGGAUUUAUCUAGACGUUGAAGACGUUCAUUACUUAUUAUUGUAUUGUAUUGUAUGUUACAAAACGAACUAUAGCCGCAUAUAAAAAAUAAAAAAAAUAGUAAAUAAAAUGAAUUGCCUACAUAAAUAUAUAAAAACUAAAAGAAAAAAAAAUGAAAUUAUCAAAAGAAAUAGCUUAUGACUAUUACAAUGGCAUAAAAUUGAAAUUGAUGAUAUAAUUUCACCAAAUAUUGAGAGAAAUAAAAGUAAAUAAUGCAAAGUUCUGAUUCUCCUGUUUCUUCUUAUUCAAUCACAAAAUUUGAACAACGAACUUGACUUUUGCAAAAGUUUACAGCAUUACUUUACAUUUGCUAUAUUUUAGUAAUCAUUUAAAAUUCGCAUAGUUUUAGAAAUGACUUAAGUAGUAGGCCUGUCCACAAGUAAGUAAUUAAUGAAAAUAAAUGCAUAUGUUGUGGUUUUGGAGUA